AUGCUAGCCGCCUCCAAUCACGCUAAAAAGGCCUAGGCCCUCAGCCACGCUACCUUGUUACCGCGAAAGCGAACAAGGCACCCAAAUGAGGAAACCGUGAGUUCAGCUGUGUUGUUCUGGACCUCGACGACCGGGUCGCUGCCCUGCGAAAAGGAAGUGCCAAGUGAGCUCGCUUCAGUUCACCGCACCAGGAGACAGGAGCAAACAUCGUACGCAGGGACAUUCCCCGAUACGAGACCUCACGGAAGGGAUCUCGGUCAUGGCGGCAACAGAGCGGCGAGCCCUGAGCUCUCCGCUCCUCGCCGAUCGCGACCUGGUCUGCAACAGGAACAACCUGCUGCGUUGCUUCGACCCCACCGGCACGGCAUCCAAGGAUGUCGCAAGCAGGUCAGCGGCCACGGCCUUCUGCUCCAGCUACCUCAGCAUCCCCGUGGUGAUGGUCACGGCGGCACGACCACCUUGGGCAAUCUACGGCUUCGGUGGCCCAGACAGACGCCACCGUCACCAUAGUCGAGACAUCCACUGCUACCGUCGUCGACACUUCGACAAUAUUGACGACCACUACAGUGGCGCCGGCUGGCGGGCCGACGAAGCGCGCUGCUGCUGCUGCUGCUGCUGCUCCGCCUCCCAACUGCCCGGCACGGCCUACCCCGGCGGCUUCCCUGAGCCUCGCGUGCUCGUGUCUCAGAAUCACCCCGUCCACCACGGUGGUGGCCGCUACGUCACAGUCGACCAACACUCAGACCGUGACCGAACACACGAUAGCUUCGACGACUACCACGACCCCGGUAACCUCGGCACGACCACCACCACGACCAGUGUCAGCACUACCACCGGAGUGUCGUGCGCUGGCUUCGAGGCGACGGGCACGUUCAUUCUCGCAAGCUCGCCCACCGCCGGCGAGGGUGUGAUAUACGCCGUCUCAGACUGCGUGCUAUUACCCACCCGCCACGGCAUGGUACACUGA